AGCUACAGACCUCUAGCGGCAACUACUAUGUACGGUGGCCUGAAUGUUUUCGCCAAUCUUUAUUUACACAGAGACAAAGGCGGAAGUGUCGCCGCUAUGGCGGAUCUUGGAAGGCAGUUGCAGGAGUACGUGGCUCAGAAUAAAGCUGGAAAUAGUGGCAGUGCUUCCUCGGUGUCUUCAUCCUCUGGGGAGCGCUCAGAAGGGGCAUGGAAGGCCUGGCUCUCCCGUCCCAGCACUGGAUUGUCCUGGUCAUGGACUCCUGUGGAUCCAGACCCUCUGCUGCCAGGGAUGUCAGGGUCUCAGAGGCUGAUUGGAGCUGUACUAUGCGCAGGAAUGGCUGCAUUGUGUUUUGCCCUGGCGGGUCUGUAUGUGCCUCUGCUGCUGCUCCGCGCCCGGAAAUUCGCCAUGCUGUGGUCCAUGGGGUCCCUCCUGGGCCUGUGUGCUGCAGCCCUCCUGCGGGGCCCCAGUCGGCUGCUCCGAGAGCUUGAUCCAUGGCUACUGCUAUAUCUGGUGGCACUUGGUGGGACGCUGUAUUCCGCACUGGGGAUCCGCAGUACUUCUCUCACCGUGCUGGGGGCUGCUGCACAAAUCAUCACCGGAGCCGCCCUGCUGUUGGGGAUGCUCCCAGGCGGAGCCGCAGGAAGACGGUAUAUCAGUGGACUUUGUGGAAGCCUGGUGAAGAAAGGAGUCUCCAAAGCCCUUCCAGUGUGAGGAGCCACCCAUGACCACCAUGGAACCCAGGCUGAACUAAAGGCUCUGCUUUGGUGUUAAUUUUUGGAAAAGAAUCUUCAAAAUCAUACCAGUGCGAAAAGCGACCCAUAAAAUCCAAGGGAAUGCUAUGGGGCCCACGCUGGACUAAGGACUCUGCUCAGUUCAUUUUUGGAAAUUAAUCUUCAAACCCCUGCAAGUGUGGAGAGUUCCCAAUGAACACCAGGAGACCACCAUGGGACCCAUGACUGACCAAGGGCUCUGCUUUGGUUUUUUCAUUUUGGAAAGAAGUUUGCUCUCCAAAGCCCCUGUCAGUGUGAACAGUGACCAAUAAAAGAGACUGCCAUAGGACCCAUUCUGGACUAAGGGCCCUGCUCUGGUGUUAAGUUCCUGAUAUUCCAGUGUGAACCUGAGAUGACUUUAAAGCCCUGCUGUGGUUGAGACUCUUCCUGGAUUAAUCAAAAACACAAAGAGUGGCCCUCCUAAUGGUUUAACCAUUUUCCUUAACUAUGCAGUAAACUUGAGUAGUUAAAAUGGAAAUCCAGACUAACCCUAACUACUAUUAAACUGCCCCUCCUCCUU